AUGGUCGGGGGUUGGGGAAAAAUGAACUUGAAUUACAAGAGUCUUGAGCUUCAAGGUAUCACAAAGGGACCUUCUCGGUUUAGACUAUUGUUGAUUCUCUGCUUUUAUGCUACUGUGAAAGGGACUGCAUACUUUAGUGGACAACCUAGACUUACAUCUUCAGAUAAUGAACCCUUCAACAGAAAACGCUUUCUCAAGUGUAGAAUUCCCUACAAUCCGAAUACUACAGCUACCUUUCAACUGGAGCUGCAGCUGCUUCACGCAGGUGACGUGCAUCCGAACCCUGGACCGGAAAAUCGUGAUGAACUUGUACGAUCAUCUACUACUCACAGGGUCCCCUGUCUCCAGCGAAGGAUCCAGUAUUCUCCUAAUGAACUUUCGCAAUGGAGAUCCAUAAACUUUCCAUUAUCGUCGUCUGUUCAUGACACCAUCCAUGACUAUGGAAUUCAGCGGAAGAAAACAAGGAGAGGAAGAAGAGGAGGCAAGAGGAGAAACAGCCUGCGACAAUCAAAACUGUCAAUAUCAUCGGAACAGCUUCUUCUUUGCUCCAUGAAUGUUCGAUCAGUGCGCAACAAAUCACUGAUAAUAUACGACUUCAUCUGUGACAGUAACGCCGACCUUCUCCCUAUGACAGAAACCUGGCUAACGGACAGUGACUCUACAAUUCUGCGUGAAUUUGUUCCUCCCGGAUAUAAGUUCAUUCAUCACCCUCGAUGCAACUGCCAUGGUGGGGGAACUGGACUAGUUUUUAGAGAAACCAUCAUCAAUGCCUUUCAAGCAUCUGCUGGUGAAAAAACAUCGUUCGAAUUUGCCGAGUACCAGAUCUCAUGUACAAAAAUGGCAUUUCUCGAGGGAAACACAACAUCGAGAACGCUCUAUCAAAACCCGUACGCUGACCAGGUUGUCAUCCACACUAUCGUUCAGAUAUGGACCACAUUCAACGCUAUCGUUGGCACAUGCGGUAACAUCAUGAUUAUCGCUGCUGUUAUUAUUUAUCACAAACUCCGCAAUAUCGGUAGGUCACAAUUUUAAUUCACACUCCCCAAAUAUCUUUAGUCUCAUUCUGAAAUUUAUGAAGGGUAUACCGGUUAUAGGUGCUAACCGUUUGACGAGAUAAG